AUGUCCACACAAGAAUCUCUUCCCUCCAUAAUUCGCUCCUUUCACACAGGUGCACUGGAAUUAUCCUCAAGCUUAAGUGCACUAUGUAACGAUUUUCGCAAUAAAUGCCCAAGAAAGCCAUCCACGCGUCAACAACCAGACCCUCCGGCUGCUAAGCUAUCGAUGACAGUCUUGGAUGCCUGGAAUUUCUUGGAUAAUUUGGACGCUUUGAGUGGCCAGGUGCAAGUAAUGAUAUUGCAGGCAAAAGAGGCCGAGAAUGUGAUGGUUACCAGCCAUGGACAAGUCAUGGACAAUGCGACGAAUGCCCUACAGAUGGACACCCGAUCCGAGACGUCAUGCGAGCGGCAGAUCGAUACACAACUCGGAAUCUCUGAGCAAGAGGCCACGUCAGAUUCCCAGUCGAGCGAGACCUCAUCGUCACAACCUACACAGACAUUUGAUGAUCCACAGCCUGUUGAGUCAGAGGAUGUGACCAUGGCUGGGAGCGAUUUAGCCGCAGCUGAUAGUCCGCCUGACUCACCCAAGGAGGGAGGCGACGACAUCAACGUCCGUCGCGUAGUCACUCCGAGCCCAGACAGCCGAAGCGUAAGAGCCGACCUGAAUACAAGCCAGGAGGGUAGAUCAUUCGCAAGGAGCCACUCGGUUGUGACGGAAUCAUCGGCUGCCUCCAUGACCGUAGACACGUCACCAGCCGGUUCUGUUGCGACUCAUAUCACAUGGCCGGAGAGCUCUGGUCGGUCUGCUGACGAGGAUGAGGCCAUGUUGGACGUCGAUGACACAAGAGAUGGCAUGCAGAAACGGCAGCCCGACCUCGGAGGCCUCAAAAGAAUCGCUGACUCUGUCCCGGGACAGGACCUCGCGACUGGCGACAAACCCAGCUCCCCUGCGCCGAGUCCGGUCGCUGAGGACAGGACUGGCCAGCCAACUCAAAGUCCUAGGGUCAGUGAAAGGGCCAUUUCUUCUGAGUCACAAAACCUUACGGCCCACACCGAAGCUGAGUUGCACGGCGACCGGUUAGCUAGCCCCCCAGUGAACGGCGACAUCAGACGCAAUGAAGAUUCUCGUGCCGAUGAUUUCACUCAAGAGAUGGAUUCGGCCAUGGACAUGCUGGCCGCGGCCGGAGAGCAGGGCCAUUCGCCAGGGAGCGGAGAUGAGCAACGGAUCGGCGACCAACAAACAGAGUCCAGCUCCACUGGUGCUUGUGAGCAAGAUACUACCAUGUUGGGCGUUGAGACUACAGAUGAUGACCAAUCACGAGACUGUCCGGCUGGAGGCCUUAACGCAACACCAGCUGAGACGAAUAUCAUCCAACCGUCACAGGGUCCUACAGCCAACGAGACAAUCAGCAUGGCAGAUUCUAUGGUCGAUAUUGAGGCCAAUUCUGCCCCUCGGACGCUGCAGGGCCAUCCAACCAACGACGAGGCUGAUUCUCCCGGAUCCCGCCAAUCACCAGCAGCAGGGGACACUGACAUCCAAGGAAAUGCCGACCAACGGGAUACUGGACCUCAAAGCAGAUUACCAACUCUAUCGCCCGCCGAUAUGAAAAGGCUUAUUUCCAAGAUUCAGGAAUUAGAAGCACAAGGCUGUGGACAACAUGUUGCUGUUCCUCGUGUUGAUGUUGACUUGGAAAGUGUGAGGAAAAGUAUCGACACGGGAGAAUGGAGAUGUACAGCCAUGGUAUACAAAGCGGGCCGGAAAGGCGAGGGAUACGUGUCGAUCUAUGCACGCAUGCCGAAUGACCAACCUUUGAUUGAUUGGCCAGCCUUCAGUGCAGAGUUCACGCGGCCGACGAUUGAGGAAGCCAAGGCUGUGUUUGAAGAUACCGUCCAGAAUCCACCAAAAGGGAAGGUUCCUUACUACAUCGGUCAUGCGGACAUUCUCUCUGAGCAGGCAUUAGACCCUGGGCCUCUUAUUACUGGAAACAGUGAUCUUAAAGACAUACAUACCAACUAUCACCAUAUUGGGGGCCAUCUCUCCGGCAAUCGCAUUCACUGUGAAGAUUUUACUUAUCUAGAAGAAACCGAUGAGGGACCAGUAUGGCGCGGCCUGCGAUCCUUUAAUGAGGUUUAUCUUGGGACUGGAUGGAAACUGUGGUUAGUGAUUCCGAAACGUCACAUAGCCAAGUUUGAUGCAUUCGUCAGGAAAACGUGGCAAUGCAGAGGAUGCAUCGGUGGGAUCUCGCACCAAUGUCUCUUCCUUGCCCCCUCGAGUCUUGAGAAAGCAGGCAUUGACUAUAACAUCUAUGUUGUUGGAUGUGGAGAGGCUGUCUGGACUUUGCCUGGGCAGCAACAUAGCAUCAUCAAUGUCGGCCAUUGCGCUGCCCGGUCAAUGAACUUUCUAUACCCUGGCGAAUCAAUUGAUUUUAAGAAGCUGGCUCACUGUCGAGAAUGCAAUCAGCAUCCCCUCAGCGAACAAUAUGGCAUCCCAUUAGUGUCAAGAGAACCCGACUGGAAGCGCAAACAACAUCAAACGCAUUCCCACUUACCUUGGAAGAAGACACGCACCAACACCACACUCCGUCGAGAGUUGGUCGAGAUCGAGCAAGGCCUAGCAGGGAUACCUUAUCGUCGAAUCAAUAUCGACCGCCAACAUCCCUCGACUGCAGAGGUGAAGGUUUAUAAGCGAGUUGCUGCCGUGCGUAGCACAAUGGCCAUACAACAGUUCAUUACUCUGGUAAAGGACUGGAAGAAUGAAGAGGCAACCGUCCAUAUCAACAAGGCUCAAGACAAGCUGAACCAGUCAGUGGAAUCAGUGAAAUUCUUUGAACGCAAAACAAAUCUAUCAAAGUUCGGACUUCGUCUCACUCAAAGAAAGCUAGCUCGUGAAGCUGACAUGGCAAAGGGGCCUAUACAAAGGCAGCUUGAAACAGGCCUUCUUGAUAAACUUGCAGCUGCCCAUUGUAUGACGAAAAAGCGGCUGAAAGACCAUAUUGAAGACGGCAGACAAUGGAAUUUUAUCUGCAAAUCACACGAUGGAUUGCUCCCAUUUAUCUUCCUGGACUCAAAGAAUCCUUUCGGCAUCAAAAAAGACAAUUGGGCUAAUCUCUGUCGGAAAGAAAACGAGGCGGAUGCGGACGCAUUCCGCAGUCUACUUGAUGAUGAGUAUACGAGGAACCUAUGCGAAGCAGGAAGGAUCUUUGAAGAACGAGUUUUGGAGAAGAUUUUCAAUGGCAGCGUUUCGGAUACUGGUGGGUUUGUAUGGGAGGGGACCGAGCUGGAUGUGGACUCAGAGAACAUCGAAGAGUUACUUAAGCAGGUCGCCAGACGCGAAGGCACGUGA